GGCCUAGAAAAACUGGGCGGGGCUGGUCAAGGAAGGCAGCAAGGUUUUUUGAGGUGUUUUUUUUUUUACACCCAUCUAUAAAAGCUGAGCCGCCUCAAGGUGAUAGAUACCCAGUGGAGUUGGAAGGCUACGCGCUGGGAGGAAUUUCGGGGUGAAAGAGCCGGAGACCAAGGAUCGCCAUGCUCUUCGGUUGGGGGGACGGCUCCUACGGGCAGCUGGGCUCGGGCGAGGAAGGGGCUUCCCAGCCGGUUCCUCUCCGUCGCGAUGCGCCAGCGGUUGGUGGGCAAGAAGUGGUCCUAGUGGCCUGCGGGGAGCGGCACACGCUGCUCCUCUUCGCCGACGGGAGCCUGGCUUCUUGCGGAGACAACGGCCAGGGACAGCUGGGGAGGAAGCUCCCCGCGGGACUGCAGCGAUGCUACCUGCCAGAACCAAUCCAACCCUUGGAAGCCCAGACUAUCAUCUACAUAAGCUGUGGAAAGGAGCAUUCAUUGGCCAUCAGCAGCCAAGGGAAGGUAUUUUCGUGGGGAGCUGGCGGUUUUGGACAGCUUGGCACUGGAAUACUAAAGGAUUCUUCGACUCCAGCGAUAAUAGCUUCUUUAUCUAUGUACAAUGUUAUACAAGUUGCUUGUGGACACCAUCACUCCAUAGCACUUACCAAAGAUGGCCGAGUUUUUUCCUGGGGACAGAAUAGCCAUGGUCAGCUGGGUCUUGGUAAAGAAGUUUCAUCCCAGGCUACUCCAUGUAACAUUUCCUCUCUUGCUGGCAUCCCCUUGGCUCAGGUGGCUGCUGGUGGGGCACACAGCUUUGUCUUGUCUCAUUCUGGAGUAGUCUAUGGCUGGGGAAGGAACAAUGCGCAUCAGUUGGGUUUAAACCAGAAAACUUCAAAAGAACAGAUCUUCAAACCUUAUUCAGUAGGUGCCCUGAGAAACCUUGAAGUGACUUAUGUUAGCUGCGGAGAUGAACAUACAGCUGUUCUCACCAAGAAUGGCAGUGUUUUCACCUUUGGAGAUGAUAGUGCUGGACAACUAGGACACAACUCUUCAAAAACUGGUCCUCAGAAAAUCGAUGAGAUUGAUGGUCCAGUUUCCCAUAUUUCCUGUGGAAGUUAUCAUACUCUUUGUGUCUCUGAGUCCCGGCAGUUGUGGUCUUUUGGACGUGGUCUCCCACAGCACACGGAAAGUUUGGCAUCGGAUAGCAGACAGGAAGAAAGAAAGUGUAUUGACCUCAAUGCUCUUCUGGCCCCUAAUGAAUUGUUGAGAGUCAAAGUUUUUGCUGGAGCAUAUGUCAACUUUGUCAAUAUAUUUCAGGCUUCUGCGUGUGCUAAUGCAGCUACCUCUUUGGAAGUCUUGCCUAGGAUCAGCCAGCUGGAUAGAGGACUGAUUGAGAAAUGGAAGUCAGCAGAAAUAGGAAGUGAAGCACAGCAGAAUGCUAAAAGGGAGAUAGAAGAAAUUUUUUCCUCACCAUCUUGCUUAACAGCAAGCUUUUUACAAACCAGAUCUGCUGUGUCAAUGGACUGUUAUAUCCCAGUGGAUCUGCAAGAAGCAAGAGAAGUUUUGAAGGAACUUAAUGGGAAAGAUUGGAUUGCUGAGGAGAUCUAUUUUUCUCUAUCGGACCACCUAUUUCCUGCUCUUCCACGGAGUUCUCGUCACCAAGAAGCUUUUUUUAUUUUUCUUCUGGUGCCCGAGUGCUGUUUUGCUCUUGGAGCACGCAGGAUACUGUCAGUAGCUUUACAGUUUGCUGAAGUUGUCACAGAUCUGAGCAAGGACUCUUCCAACAUUCUAGAAAAUUAUUGGUCCUUGUUGCCAGGUCCAUUUUUAGAGCAAAUAGUUCAAAUUUUGAAGAUGUAUGUGUCAUCCAUGUUGCCUUUUUAUAUCCGUUUUGCCAAAGACACAACAUGGUAUGAUACCCUUGGAGUGCUUAAAAUGCUGUAUAAGGUCAACAUGAAGGCUAAAUGCCGACUGCAAACAAGUACCUUCUGCGUAGAUGAAAUUCCUCAAAAAAUUAACAUAGAAGAAGAUUUUUGGAGAUGGAAGCUGUGUGAUAAUAUCCCAGGAUACAGCUUAAUCUCUUUCUGCUAUUUUCCUUUCGUCUACAAUGUAUCAGUCAAGAGGGGAAUACUUUAUUACGGGUCCUUUGCUGUACAAGAGGAUUUAAAAUGGAAAGCUCGCCUUGAAUGGGACAUCCAUCGGAGGCUGAGAAAUAGUGACCCUCCAGAAUACCCUUUCUUUUCUCUGAAAGUGCGACGCCACUUUCUUGUUGAAGACACCUGGCACAAGCUCAGUAUAAUAGAGGACACCUACCUGAAAAAGCAACUGCUGGUUCAAUUUGAAAAUGAAACGUCUUAUUAUGGAGAUAAAGGUUUCGUGGUAGAAUUCUUUUCAGAGGUGUUUGAGAAGGUGGUACAGCCAGAAUAUGGGAUGUUUAUGUAUCCUGAACCCACUUCCCCAAUGUGGUUCCCUCCCAAGCCUUCUAUGGAGAAGAAUAAAUAUUUCCUUUUUGGUAUUCUCUGUGGACUCUCAAUAGCCAACCAAGUCACUGCCUACAUACCCUUCCCGCUUGCUGUCUUUAAAAAGCUGCUUAACAAAAAGCCAACUCUCAGUGAUGUGAAAGAGCUAAGCCCGGUCCUAGGAAGAAGUUUGCAGACAGUUCUGGAGUAUGAAUCAGAUGAUCUUGAAGACCGGUUUCAGCUAUGCUACUCCGUUUCCUGGGACAGCAUGGAUGUAGACUUGAUUGAAAAUGGCAUUUUGACAGCUGUAAACAAUGCCAAUAAGAAAGACUUUGUUGACAAAUACGUGGAUUACAUAUUCAACAAAUCAGUGGAUGAUGUUUUCAGUGAGUUCAGGAGAGGAUUUUACAAAGUCCUGGAUGAAAAGCUAGUUGGCAUCUUUGAGCCUGAACAACUGAUGGAAGUGGUAAUUGGAAAUGCCAAUUAUGAUUGGGAUUUGUACGAAAGGAAUGCUGAGUAUUGUGGUAUAUACAGCUCGACGCACCCAACCAUAAAGAUGUUUUGGGAAGUCUUUCAUGAGCUGAGUUUGGAGGAUAAAAAACGUUUUCUGGUGUUUUUGGCAGGAAAUGACAGGAUCCCUGUGACAGGAAUGAAACCUUGGAAGAUUUCUCCACAUAUCUUGCCCUCAGAGGAUCUUAUGCCUGAGGCUGACACCUGUUUUCAUCUUUUAUUGCUGCCAAUUUAUUCAACAAAACAAAAACUGGAGGAGAAGCUUCUUCAAGCGAUCAGCAACAAUCGUGGCUUUGGCAGACCUGUGGCCUGAGGCUGAAGCAGGAACUUGAAGAUGCCACCUUGGAAGCUGUAGUCGUCUUUUGACCUCAGAUGGGAGGAGAGAUUGUCACAAGGGAUUUUAGUUAGAUGACUGUUCAGUGAUUUUCUUGCUUUGUUUAGUAAUAAAGUGAUCGUGCACAGUCAAAAUAUAUAGCAUUUUGAAAAUAUGCUGGUUUGUUUACCAUGUAGUUAAAUUGGGCUAAUAUGUUCCUUCUAAUUAUGUAAAAACAAAAAGUUGAGGUUGUAGUUGUUAUCUUUAUGCUACUGCACCAAAGAGCCAAUACUUUUAUGUUUCUUUUCCCCUACCCUUUUCCUCCCCCCCCUACCCCUACCCCCACCCCCAUUUUCCCAUUAUUUUCAUUUUUCUUUGUAUUUCUGAAUUUUAUAGUUUGAUAAAGUAAUAAAAAAAUUUAACCCCAAAGAAAGAAGCCUUACCUCAGGUUGUUGUUGCUAAAUGCAAAGUGUGUGUGUGUGUGAGAGAGAGAGACCU